CCAAGUAAUAAUAUACGCAACUAAUAAGUAAUUAUAUACCAAGUAAUAAUAUACACAACUCUGAAGAAAUGGUUAUUGCUUAACCACUACUCAUUCACUGCUUGUGUGUGACCAUUCAACAAAUUUAGUAAACAAAUAAAGAAAAGGUUUUAUGGUUUUUGGCUGAACAAACAUGGCAAAUAAGAAGAUGAUAUAUAUUGGUGGAUUGGCAGAAGAAGUAGAAGAAAAAAUAUUGCAUGCCGCAUUUAUUCCAUUUGGUGAUAUUAUUGAUGUCAAUAUUCCAAUUGAUUAUGAAACAAGCAAACAUCGAGGUUUUGCUUUUAUGGAGUUUGAACUUGCUGAAGAUGCUGCUGCUGCCAUUGAUAACAUGAAUGAAAGUGAAUUAUAUGGUCGUACAAUUCGAGUAAAUUUGGCAAAACCAAUGAAAAAUCCAGAAAGUGCGUCAAGAGGAAUAUGGAGCACAGAUGAGUGGUUGACUGAAAAUAUAGGACGUGAUGAUAAAAAUCAAGAAAAAAAAGAAGCAGUGCAAUCUGAAGAUACAAAUAAAGAACCAACUUCAAAAAAACGGCGAACAAAUCCAAAAGUUUACUUUGAUAUAAGUAUUAAUGAUCAGUACACUGGUAGAAUACUGAUGGAGUUGCGAUCAGAUGUUGUUCCUGUAACUGUAGAAAAUUUUCGUUGUUUGUGCACUCAUGAAAAAGGUUUUGGGUUUCGUAAAAGUACUUUUCACAGAAUUAUUCCUGGAUUUAUGUGUCAAGGAGGUGACUUUACUAAAAAUGAUGGAACAGGAGGAAAAUCAAUAUUUGGAAAAAAAUUUGAAGAUGAAAAUUUUGUACUUAAGCAUACAGGACCUGGCGUUUUAUCAAUGGCAAACUCUGGCCCAAAUACUAAUGGAUCACAGUUUUUCAUUUGUACUGAAAAAACAGAUUGGUUGGAUGGAAAGCAUGUUGUUUUUGGUAACGUUGUUGAAGGUUUAGAUACCGUCCGUAAAAUAGAGAAUGUUGGUCAAGAAUCAGGAAAACCAAAAAAAAAAGUGGUAAUUGAAGAUUGCGGCGAAUUGAAAUGAUUAACCUAACCCAAUAUAAUUAGCCAAGAUAAUUUAAUAGAGCAACAAAUAAAGACGAUUUGUAAGGAAACCGUGCGCGGAACAUUCGGACCGUUUUCAUAAACAAAUUUUAAAAUGGUCAUUUGAAGCAGCAAUCUUCAUUUUAAAGUAUGUUUCAAAUUAUGAAAAACAAAGAAAACUGAUUUUAUUAGCAAUAUAUUUUUUUUGGAUUAUAUAUUACUAGCUCACUUUGUAAAUUCAUGGUGAAUAAUCUAAAAUAUAUAGAAUCUACGUCUCUAAAUCUAGAUUUUAACAAA